AACUCGUUGAAUGUUGGAAAAUGUUAUUCUAUUUGUACAGAUGGCCAGAAUACAGAUAAUUGAACAGAAAAAGAUAUCAAUGCACACACACGCCGCGACCCCGAAAAGCACUUAGAGGUAUUUGGCGGCCGCGGGCUUGCUGUUCAGAUCCCGCGAGUGCUUUUUGAGGAUCUGGUCCAGCGCCUUCUUCUCAAUAAUCAACCUCGCAGUCUCCAAAAGGUUCUUAACAUCCACAUCGCUGCGGUCCAUGAUGGUCGCGUAGCGGUUCAUCUUCUCCACCUUCUCAAACAUGUCGAUGUCCACCUCGUCCGUGAUGAAUGUCGACCGGCCCUUCUUCGUGUUCCAGCCGUUGGCCUCGAGAACCUUUUCGAGGAGGUAGGGGGUAGAUUUCGAUGGGAGUGAGAUCUUGUCAUCAAUGACAAUCAGCUCGCCGCGCUGGAAUCGGUAGCUCAAUGCGAUGCGCCACGCUUGGUCGUAGAUCUUCGCAGGUAGGUCUGACGAGAAGUCGCGGGGAUGAGGGCCAUGAGCGACACCACCACCCCUUCGAAUUGGCGAUUGCUUGUCACCGACACGAGCACGACCGGAUCCCUUUUGUGGGAUGACCUUCUUGUGACUUCCGUGCACAUCGUCCCUCCACUUCGUACUGGCAGUACCUUGUCGGGUCGCAUCACCUUCGUAUAUGAUUGCGCGGUGAAGAAUAUCUUUGCGGAUGGGCAUCUGUAGUUGUUUUUGGGUGUAGUUGACCAAUCGAACGGGCUCCAUGGAAGGGAAGGAGUAGGUCAUAACGUUGACGGGGCGGUCCCAUGGGGCGAGCGACGAGGGAUCGGAAGUGGUUGAAGCAUUGGUCUGGGCAUCUGUGGCCAUUGAUCGUGCAAGGCAUCGUCGCUAGUACCGGAGAAAGUCAGUCGGUGUCCUCUGUUCAAUCGUCUCCUCGAGAUCGCGGAGGUGCUAAAAAUUAGGCCAUACCGUCACAUUCUCCGACCUAGAAAGAAGGCCACCGGAACUGCGCGACAGCAGCCGAAGGGCCCGAAGAGUUUCACUGCCAGGCAUGGUGAACAAUCGACUGCAAAAGGCAGAUCGCGUGCGUCGAUAAUGUGCGGCGCUCUGAGUAGGGAAGAGCAAAAGUUGAUCGAUUCCGGGGAGGCGGUGGGCGCCAGCAAAAGUCUUGGCUCCGAGCAGAAAAAGUUCCCCCGUGGACAACAACACCACCAUCCGCCGAAUCCCAACCCCAACAUCACCAUCCGAAAUCCUUCACAAUGGCUCAUUGCGAGCGGGCAUCCAAGCCGCUGCUUCAAUGCCUUCGGACCACCUAUUCUAGAAGCUUGCCUGCUGUCCAGGCACGCGGCUUCCAGACGUCGGCAGCUGCAGCAGAGGCUCAAGUCGAACAGAACCAACCAUUCCACAAGAACCCCGACCCGUCGCUUGUCUCAAGCCCUCGACUGGAGCGACGACUGAUGAGACAGGGUACCAACCCCGUUGGAUCCCGUCGUCGUCGUGCUGCCCUUCAGAGCUCCGCGAAUAUCCCCUUCGAGCAGCUGCCCUACCAAUGUUUCCAGGAGGCGCGAAAGGUCUUGUUGGAGGACCGUGCAGAGAAGUUGAAGGAGAUUGAAUCGAUGAGGCAAAAGAUUGCGAGAGUGGAAGCCCAGUCUGUUGAAGAGGCUGGAGGUGAGCAGGUGCACAAGUCUCGCGUGCGCGCCAUGCAGUUGCACUUGGAGCGUCUCAAGAUCCAUGCCGACAUCAACGACCCAUUGGUCAAGCGGAAAUUCGAGGACGGACUAGGCGACAUGAGCAAGCCUAUUUACCGCUUCCUCGCCGACCGGAAUUGGCGGGAAUAUCGCCGCAAGAUCCUGGUGCAGCGCAUCACGCAGAUGAAUGUCGUUCCCGAUGUUCUGCCCCACUGCGAUCCUAUCGUCGAAACCAAGCUGUACUUCAACAAGCGACAGGUCCAGCCCGGAGAUUACGUCGAGGCCAAGGUCAGCACGGAGGCACCCAAGCUUGACAUUCAGAUGUUCGAGCGUGGAGAAAAGCUAGUCACAAUUGCCGUCGUCGACCCCGAUGUUCCCAAUGUGGAGGCGGAUAGCUUUGACUUCAAGAUGCACUAUCUGGCUGUCAAUGUGCCCAUCUCGGCGGUCAACACCAAGGUGGACCUGUCUCAGCUUGCAGCAGAUUCGCAAGUCGUCCUCCCAUGGCUGCCUCCCGUUGCCCAGAAGGGUAGUCCCUACCACCGUCUUUCCGUCUUCAUUAUGGAGCAGAAGGACUCCCAGCCUCUUGACUUUGCCGCCGUGAAGGCAAAGGAGACUGACCGGGACAACACAUUGCUGCGCACUCUGCAGGCCCGGUACCACCUCAAGGCUAUCGGUGCCCAUUUGUUCCGCAGCCAGUGGGAUGAGACUACCCUGGAGGUCAUGAAGCAGAUUGGAUACAGCGGGGCCGAUUACGAGCUCCGCCGGAAGAAGGUCGACCCUCUUCCCUACAAGCGGAGAAACCCUUCCAGCUUCAGGUGAAGGCCUUUCUUUUCCAUCCCUCUCCAUCUCUUGUCCACACCUCUUUUUGAGUAUAGAUUUGUAUUGUACAAUUGAAUAUGUAAGAAUAUGCACAGCAAUCCAGUUCCCUUUUUGAAAAGACAACUCCCAACUCCCCGUAGAUGCAAUAAGAUGAUAUGUAUCAAGCGACAGUCCUGCCAAUAACUUCCACGCUCAGGGUGUCUAGUCCGAUUCCACUGGUUGCAUUGUAUUACGCACCCAUUCGAUCUUGGACGGGGGCCAGACUCGAGCGACAACUUUCCCGUUGAUCAAUCCCAAUGGCAAAGGCCCAAAGUUCCUCGAGUCCCUUGACCAGGGAAGGUUAUCGCCAAUUAGGAAAACGUGUCC